AAAAUAUCACACUUCGUGACAAUAUCCGUUCUCAAACGAACACAACUUCGACAAACUUGUCAUUCCCUUUUCUUCAUCUCGUCACUGCUCUUCAGCACUAGACCAUAGCGACAGCACUAAAUAGUUGCCCACUUAGAACCAGCCUAAAAUCCAUAUAGACAUUUCUACACGAUCGCUACGACGAACUGCAACUCCUGUUACCAGCAUAUCACAUCGUCUCAUACCAUAGAACAACACGCAUCUGUCAUUACACCAAACGUUAUACGGGUAUCUUCACAUUUUCACAUCAUCAUAUCUUCUAUAUCGUUCAUCCUCGCCCCAUCCGAUCUGUUCUGAUCUUUAUUCACAAUCAUCUCACAACUCCCAAACACCUUAUAUAAGUGCCGCCAUUUUCAUUGCACAUCAUGAGCUCCGAAAAACUUAACGUCAAUCCUAGAACCAUUCAGUCCCAUAAGACAGCCAUGUUGCGUACUCUUGCCUUGGUGUUGGUGGUUACCUGUGUAGGCUUGGUUACACUCAACGGCAGCAUGCCUUUGCACCACUCAUGCCAUAACACCCAUGGUGCCGACUCCAAAUUUAUGCCAGCUAAGCUCGUCAACAGCUCAGAGCCGGCAACGACUUCUUCGUCGUCAGUUGCUGCUGCUUUGAACAAUCCUACUGACGACUCUAUUCUCGAUAGACUUUUGCAGUAUCCCUUGUACAAGGUUCCUGGCAUGGAAGAGGUUGUUAACGAACAUGUUAAGAAUAUCGCCAGGAGAGCUGAUGGCGACAACUCCACGUCCUCUUCCGAUCCCGGCUUCGGUUCUACGUCUUCAGAAUCGUCUCUUUCCCCUUCAUCCUCUUCAGACACUUUAACUUCAGAAUCUUCAUCUUUUUCACCUUCAUCAAGCUCUGAAACUUCUUCUGAAAUUCCACCUACUUCCAGCUCUACAGAGACAUCGAGCUCAUCAAGUUCAUCAGAACAGAGCUCUUCUGAAACUUCAUCAUCGUCUUCUUCAUCAUCUGAAGAACACACUUCUCUGACUUCAACAACAUCAACAGCAGACGAAACUUCGCAACAGACCUCCAGUAGUCUCCCCCAAGAAACCAAAACCGAUUCCGAAACCUCCCAGACAUCUGAAACUAGAUCUUCUGACACAACUCUGAGCUCCACACAUACGUCUCAAACAGAAGAAACUUCUCAUAUUGUCACCACAUUCAGUUCCGUAGACAAUGGAAGAACUGUGGUUGUGACACAGACAUCUAUUGUGACUCACGACUCAAGUCCUUCAGCUGCUAGUGAUAACUCCAACAAUGGUGGCGGAGGGUUGUCCAACACAAACAGAAUCGUAGUAGGUGUAGUUGUUGGUGUAGGUGGUUCCAUCUUGAUCGGGCUUAUCUCCGUAUUGUUCUACUUGAAAAGGAGAUCCAACAAGGACUACGGCUCCGGUGGCUGGACCUUUUGGAGAAAGAACGAAAAGGUCGGCAGCGAUGACUUCUUCAACGGAGAAUUGGGUGUCAGAGACAGAAACAUCAACCAAGGCUCGAACUUCUGAAUCUUCUCCUAUAAAAAGCAAAGCACAAUUCUUCUGGGUUUCUUUCAAAGACUCCUUAAUAUUAAUACCAACUACCCCUAAAAAAGUGAGUCUAAGAUGAAAUUCAGUUGUAGCCCAUGUCAUAACUUAUCGUACCGAUAUUGUAUACCCAAGUAUAGAUUGAAUCACAUUUGAAAGUGAUUAUUUUUGACAAACCCCAAGAAUUGCACCCCCUAAUAGAGUCCAGUCCUUGUCUUUAUUUCUGUAUUAUCUUAUAGUUGUUAGUAAAUUUUGUUUUUAGCUUCA